CCGCGGGGCCUGCGCAGGCCCCGCUCCUGGCCCCGCGGUCAGGCUCCGGUUUAAGGAGCUCAGAUGUUCUUUUUGGCGCACGGACCUAAAUACCAAACAUUGUCCUCUGGGUGCUUCUUUGUAUGGUUGUGGCACAGAAUAACGUCAGCAGCACCUGUUCUUAGAAACAUUUCAUUAAAUUCUUGUUGCAAGGGCGGUUUUCCAUGAAUUCCCUUACCACGGCCGCCCUUGGCGGAGGGAGGCGGUGCAGUUCCGCUCUAUGGCCGUGGGCGGCGGUCUCGUGCUCACCCCGCGGGCGGGCGAGGAUCGGCGUCCCAGAGGCGGUGCCUUUGUUUUGUGCAGGAGAGGACCCCGCGGAAAGGAGGAAGGGGAGGCAGAACGCGAUUCUCCUAAAUGCAAGUGUGCUUUCAGACCUGUGGAGCCAUGAUGUCUGGGAGGCUGUUCUCUGCAGGACCACGGCGUGUGCUGGAGGGCCUGGGGCGCUGGACUCGGGCCCCAUGGGCAGCCCUGGGCCGGCUCCCCCUGCAGCGCCCCGCUCCCCGGCUGCUCUCGCUCAGUUCUGCGGACUGCGCCAAGGAACCCUCCAGAAAGAAACUGCUCUCCGAGAAAAAACUGAAAAGCCAUUUCGUGGACCAUCGCCGGGUGCUUGUCCGAGGGGGACGCGGAGGCGACGGGGUGAGCUGCUUCCACAGUGAGCCCCGGAAGGAGUUUGGGGGUCCCGAUGGUGGCGAUGGAGGCAACGGUGGCCACGUCAUCCUGAGAGUCGACCGACAACUCAAGUCACUGUCCUCAGUCCUGUCCCAGUACCGGGGCUUUGAUGGAGAAGACGGUGGCAGUAAAAACUGCUUCGGGCGAAGUGGCGCGCUCCUCUACGUCCGGGUCCCCAUGGGCACUUUGGUGAAGGAGGGGAACGAAGUUGUGGCCGACCUCUCACGCCCCGGGGAGGAGUAUGUGGCUGCUCUGGGGGGGGCAGGAGGAAAGGGCAACCGCUUUUUCCUGGCCAAUGACAACCGCGCGCCCGUCACCUGCACCUCCGGGGAGCCUGGGCAGGAGCGGGAACUCUUCCUGGAGCUCAAGACCAUGGCCCACGCUGGCAUGGUCGGAUUCCCCAACGCAGGCAAGUCCUCGCUUCUCCGGGCCAUUUCAAACGCGAAGCCCGCCGUGGCUGCCUACCCGUUCACGACCUUGAACCCUCAUGUGGGCAUUGUGCACUAUGAGGACCACCAGCAAGUAGCAGUGGCGGACGUGCCGGGCAUCAUCCGAGGCGCACACCAGAACCGCGGCCUGGGGCUGGCCUUCCUCAGACACAUCGAGCGCUGCCGCUUCCUCCUGUUCGUGGUGGACCUGGCCGUGCCGGAGCCCUGGACCCAAGUCGAGGACCUGAAGUAUGAGCUGGAGAAGUACGAGCAAGGCCUGUCUGAGCGGCCCCACGCCGUGGUCGCCAAUAAGAUUGACCUCCCUCAGGCGCGAGCCAACCUGCCCACGCUGCAGGCCCGCCUGGGCGGGAAGGCCAUCGGCCUGUCGGCGCUCACGGGGGAGAACCUGGAGGAGCUGCUGCUGCGCAUCAAGGAGCUGCAUGACGAGCACGUGGCCGCCAGCCGGGCGCAGGGCCGCCAGCUGUUCCGGUGGUAGCGCGCGGCUUUGCGGUGGGAGCUGCAGGUGCACCUUCCCACUCAGCUCCGGCCGCCUCAAAGGCCCCGGCGGCCUGCUCCCGGUGCUUCCCGCGCCCUCGGCCUGUUCUCUGGCCCCUCAGAUGGGCUUGUCCCCGAAGUACCCCUGAGUAGUAGGAGCCACGCUGCUCUGUGUGCAGGGAGCCAGCACAGCCAGAUCCGAGCCAGAGGCACUGGUCCGGCUCCUAAGCGCCAGCCCACACAUGAGCGACUGUCACGCUGGACCUGAGAGACCUUGGCUGUCCCCACGCCUGCAGAGCGGCCGGGGACAGGCGCGUGCUGUGUCGGAUGCCGCCAUCUGAGCAAUGAGGUGCCUCCCCUGUUGUCCUCAGACUGCGCCGAGCUCUGAGAACUGAACAUAGCAUUGGCUUCACGACUGAAUGCACCCAAUAUCCGGCCAGAGACGCAGCUUCUGACGCUCAUCUGUGCAGAGAGUUAUUAGCUGAUGGUGGCCGGGCUCCGAGAGGACAUGGGCCGGGUCCCCCCUGCGCUGUCCCUGCAGGGAUCAGAGACUCCUGGGCCUGUACCAACAGCCUAUUGUCAGCGCAUAGAACCCCAGGGCCUGGCCAGCUAGUCCAUGGAGAUUCUGUCUGCUGAGUGGUGGCAGCUAAGAGGCUGGUGCUCCAUAAGCCACCCGCCCACAGGCUGCAGGGGUCGGUGAGGGCGGCGUGGCUGCCCACUUGCUCAUCUACCAGAGCACACUGCAGCCACUGUUUCCCCAAAUAAAACCUAACGCUCUGA